CAGCAGCUUUUUUAAAUGUAUUUAAAUGAAAAUUUUCAAAUGGCUUCUAUAUCUGUGGCUCACUUUGAUGGGAUGGAAAACGGUCAAACGUCUCAAAGGUCAAAUCACGUUAGCUCCGUUUUGCUGUACGGAGUGCAGAUUGUAUCCUUGCACAUUGAAGGUCAAGAGCGCCUGUGCUUGGCGCAAAUAUCAAAUACAUUACUAAAACAAUUCAGUUACAACGAGAUACACAACAGGAGAGUCGCUCUUGGCAUUACUUGUGUACAAUGUACACCCGUGCAAUUGGAAAUAUUGAGGAGAGCGGGCGCCAUGCCAGUGAGUUCCCGACGAUGUGGCAUGAUUACCCGCAGGGAAGCGGAGCGUCUAUGCAAGAGUUUCUUGGGCGACAAUACACCACCACGACUACCUGACGACUUUGCGUUCAACGUCCAGCACAAAUGUGCUUGGGGCUGCCGCGGAUCCUUUCUACCCUCGCGCUACAACUCAUCAAGGGCUAAGUGCAUUAAGUGUUCAUAUUGUGGAAUGUUUUUCUCGCCAAAUAAAUUUAUUUUUCACUCACAUCGCAUAACAACUAAUGACAGGUACGUUCAGCCUGAUGCAGCGAACUUUAAUUCCUGGCGUCGACACAUGUCUCUGAGUGGAAAUGAUUACGAUGAGAAAAUAAUUCAUGCAUGGGAAGAUGUCAAGGCCAUGUUUAAUGGCGGCACAAGAAAGCGGCUUGUUGGAAGCAGCAUUAAUCCUCGAAGUCCUGGCUCACCAACACAAUCCACUGCGGUAAGUUCCGGAGUUGGCAGCAGUUUAUGUGGCUCCCCAACGAAUUUCGAAAGAGAUGCCAAGGAAGUCCACGGGAAAUCGGGGUCCUCGCUCCCACAACGCUCGCAGAUCGACAGCCAGUACAACUACGGAACUGUAGCUGCAGCCGCUGCUGUGGUUGGUGUAACGGCGGUAGCAGCUGCAACAGUCGGCGUUCCCUUUAACUUACAUGGCUCAACCGUCCUAUCACCUCUGCAUUCCCUUCGCAAUGAACGUGAUCUUUCUAUAAUGCCAAUUUCCAGGAACUUUGUAGUGGACUACAUGUGGCAGCAAAAGGACCAACAUUAUCAGCAGCCUUACGCAAGAAAAAUCCCUAGCGGGGACAAUAGCGACUCAAGCCUAGACUUUGAUUCCUGGGUUAAACCAGACUCAAACAAUCCAAUAUCGAAUGCGAAUUCAGUUCGAACGUCGGAUAAUUGUUCUUUGAAUAUUAAAAACGAGUCCCAUUCCUCAAUUUAUGGCAUUAUAAAGAACCGUAAGCUCUCUGGAGUGGCAAGCAGCGGGCUUAACCUGUCCGAUUACAACAUUCCUUCCAUUCUUAAUUGCUCUGCGUUUAAACCAGUCGUCGCUUCGACAGCCAUUGUGUCAACUUCUCUGUACACAAGAUCCAAUGAAUCAACACGAACUGAUUGUAACAACCCAGCACAAUCUACAAAAACCACAACGGUUCUAACGCAUAAUAGUAUUUCAGCCUCUUCCCACCAGAUAGUGGGUCAUAAGACUUUUUCGCCAAUUUUAGGAAAAAUUCAUUCUAAUUCCGAAAAGAAGUCAAUAGUAUCUGUUUUCGCAAGUAGUUCGACUAGAAAUGCAGAUGAUAAUGAUGAUGACGACGAAGUAGUAGACAUCGAAACAACUGAAGAUGAAGGGAAAUUCACAGUUCAACACGCUGACAGCCCCAGAACACAAGACGACGCUAUUAGCGGAAGCGACAGUACUAGCCGUUCUCCGUCUACCAGUACAAACAUAGAUGUAGAGGCUGAUGUCGAUGUAGAUAUUAUUACAACAGACACUGAGGACCAACUAGAGUUAAAUGUUGGCCGGUACUCAACUGAGAACACAAGUCAUUCCAUAUCAUUAUUCCAAACUGAGAAAAUACAAAUUUCAGAUUUAUCUCCCACUACAAAAACGACGAGCGGCGAUAAUGAAGCUAACACUCCAAAGGACGCAAAAGAAAUAAAUGGACAUUUAAAAAUUUUAGCUCGACGAAAAAAAGAUAAACUUCAAAAGGAUCGAUGUCUUUCCAAGAGGACAUUAUCAAAAUGUGUUAGUGAGAAAUCGCGUAUAAAGGGCUUAGCUGCUAAUGAAUUAUCAUCCAGCUUGCAAAUUCAGCAACAUGUUGACUUUCCAGUAUUUUUAAAAUCACAAUUGCAUUCUUUUCGUCCGCAACAAGCUCAACAGGUGGUAUCCCUUACCACCAACUCUGUGGCGGAGUCCAAUAAGUGGAGUUAUCCAGUCGGCAACAUUGGACCAUUAUGUUGUUAUCAAACUUCUGGAAAUAAAAAUUGUCUAGAUUUUAAGUAAUUUUUGAAGAAAUAUAAAGAAAAUUUAUCUAUCUUAUUGAUCA